GAAGGCAACGUGCUACCGUCGCCGUAGCUGGUCUCAGUGCACGGUAUGCGAUUAACAUGGUCACACAAACCCUGCCAUCGUGCACAUCAAAUGGUCAUGACACGUGUCGCUCGGUCAAGCCAAAGAAAAUGCGAAAUUUAUGCAUUUUUCAUCACAUUUGUGUGGUUAAUGAUGGUCAACACAGUUCAUUCAUGGCCGUGCCCAUCGGAUUGUAUUUGUUUGUCGCAUACGCAAAUCCUGUGCAAUUCGGGACACUUGACAUUUGUUCCGCUAAAUGAACUACCAAAGACUGUUGAACAUCUAUCGUUGACCAAAAACAACUUGACAUAUUUACCUACUGAUGCUUUUAGAGGGCUUAGAUCACUUCGAAAACUUACUUUGGACGGUAACAGUAUACAAAGUAUUGAUCAGUUUGCGUUCCGAGGACUUAGCAGGCUUAGGGAACUUACGAUUCAGCAUACGCCACUCCGAGCGCUUAAAAAAUUGUCAUUCUCCGGACUACAAAAUGUUACGGCUAUCCUGUUGGGCUACAACCAGAUAAGCGUAAUCGAAGAAUUUGCAUUUGCGACUUCUGCCAACAUAAGGCUGAUACUGUUGAAUAAUAAUCCACUUCAUAUAGUGUCGGCACACGCGUUUUCCCGGCUGACAAAUGUCGAGCAUCUAAUCAUGCCGUCGGGCAUUCGUCAUUUGCAGCCGGACGCGUUCUACGAGCUGGACUCCGUCGGUUUGCUAAAGUUGUCUUUCAUGGACUUGUCGUCGCUUAAAGCUAACACAUUCAGGGGCCUGACUCGAGUUCACGUUUUGGCCAUUCAAGAUUCAGACUUGGGAGUUAUCAAAACGGACGCGUUUGCGGGGCUGUCGCAAGUGGGCAGUUUAAAUCUGCUGAACAACAAAAUCGACUCGGUCCAAAAACUGUCGGUGACACGUCAAAAUCAGGUGAAACAUUUCCGGUUCAAUGGCAACCACGUGUUGGACAGUCCGAGAAAAAGCACGUUCAACGUAAUCGCUUCCGAAGGGUUUACAAUGGUCAGCAAUCACUUCCCCUGCGACUGUCACUUGUUCCGGUUCUUGGACGGUUAUCCUUUUGGUUUGAACGCGUCCACCGACUGGUUUAUCGGCAAGAACUUUUGCAUAUCUCCACUUGAGCUGAACGGGCAACCUAUCAGCGUAGUCAAGCAAAACUUUAUCGAAAAAUGCUUGCAGAGUUCGCCGGCCGCACCGCUAGGAUCGACGCGUACGUUGUUUGUAGUAGCGGCUUUAUAUUAUUUUCAUUUAUUGGUUCACUAAAAAAAAAAAAAUUUAAAGGUUCCUGUUACUUAGGCGUAAGAUCUCGGCUUUCAUCUGUGUCAUCUCUCGUUGGAAAUUUCCAUUAAUUAAACACAUUGUUUUUCACCAACUGCCAAUCAUUUUUAUUUACCUAAUGUAUUUUUUUUUUAUCUUUUUAGAAUUUUAGUCGAUUGUUAUAUUUGAUUAAAAUAUUAACAAUUACUCGUGUAUUAUGUAAAUAAUGUAAUUUAGAAGAAUAACUAUUUGUAAUCCCACAAAAAAGUAAUAAUACCUACUUAUUAUAUUAAACAGUUUCGUGGAAUUUGUGCGCACUUAUUCAAAACUUACGUAGGAAACCAUAUGUUGCACUUACACUGGCGGGAAAUUCAAGAUGUGUCAUAAUCUAUACUAUAAUAUUUAA